AUGGAUGGUAAAGGAUCUCAGAAACGCGAUGGUCGUCGCGGCCGGCAUCACACAUCUGGAUCUUGGCGAAAACAACAGGAUUUCUCGCACCAAGACUAUAAGCAAGGUAAUCCGCAAGGCGAUCAACAAGGCGAUCAACAGGGCCAUAAGAGUCAUCAGCAGCGUCAUAAGCGGAAUCCCCUACCGGACUAUCAGCCAUUUCGCGCGCCCGUUCGUGAACCAGCUCAGCAGCCACCCCAUCAGCAACAGCCCGAUCGACAACAGCCCAAACAAGAACAGCCCAAACAAGAACUACCCGAACAGAAGCUGCCCGAACAGCAAAGUUCCCAAUCCUGUCAUUCCCCCAGCGAAGCCCCCAACGAGACUCAACGUUCUCACUCUCCGAAGACCAUCGCUAGCGAGGUUGACGCUCUGAGACGCGCUAUAGAAUUCGUCGGACAGCGCAAUGCCGAACUCCAUGUCCAGUUUGAAGAGCUCAAGGGAGAACUGUCGGGCAUGAAGGAGAAAUACGCAGGCCUCGAGGCAUCAAUCAAACAGAACAUCUCUAAACUCCCAGGCGGCACCCAGCUUCUGCAGGCUAUGGAAGAAAGGGAGAAACAGAAGAAGCGCCUCGAAAUCCGUCAUGCGCUACAGAUCCCCAGUCGGCCCCAGCGCACGGCCCCCCCUGAGGAGAAGCCUUACAUCGAGAGCAUCAUCGAGUUCUGCUACGAACUUCUCGAGCACGAGGUCAACGUGGCUAACGAACUGCGCAAGGAGCUCGCGUUGAUUACUCAGAAAAAUGCCGAGCUUCUUGAUCGCCUCGAGUCCGAGUCCAAAUCCAAAUCCAAGCCCACGACCAAGCCCGCUUCUCGUCGCGGAAACUCCACGGCUUAUUAG